GGGCGCUACGAUGCAGUUGAACUGUGGCUACCUUGUCUGCAGCGUACGGUGAACUUUCCGUUUCUAGAAAUCGUAAUACAAAGUGUUUCAAUUAGAACAAUGAAACAACAAACGGUGUGUAUUUUGUUGGCUCUAGUGGUGAUGUCUGCCGCAUACAGCGAAGCGUUGGUGUUUGUUUAUGCCAAAACAUGCUCUUCCUGCAAGGCAUACGGGGCAAGGUACUGCGGAUAUGGCACUCUACACUCCAAGGGCUACGUUUCCUGUGACGGCGCGACGGCAAUAGCAAACUGUAGCGACUGUCAAAGGCGGUUUGGGCGGUGCCGUCAAGGUGCUAUAACCGAAUGCUUCUUCGGAUGAGAUUGAGUUGAAAGAGAAAGGCAAAUGGUGUGCGCCCCGGAAGCAAUUAUCUACAGAGAUAGAGGAUUUGCGCUAUGAUUGAUGUUUGCGAGAAUAUCUGUCACUGAUUGAUCUUGACGGAGAAUAAAUCGAAUUGGCUUCUAGACAAA